AUGAUUUGCUGGGCAAAGCCGCCCGCUGCCGAGAUCAAGAGCGCCGCAAACCUGCCUGCCGGCCGCAAGUCCGCGGUCAUUGUCGGCGGCAGCGCGGGGCCCGGCCCAGAGAAGCCGUUCAGCCAGCUGCACCAGGAUCACUGGCGCCGCCUGAAGGACGCCGGCUGGUUUCUUUACGGCUACGUGCACUGCACGCGCGGCGAGCGGCCGGUCAAGGAGGUCAUGGCCGACGUGGACGGCUGGGUGGAGCUGUACGGCGACCUCGUGGGCGGCAUCUUUGUGGACGAGUCACCCAACCACUUUGACGAGGCGCUGAUUGACUACUUCGACACGCUGGUCUCCCACAUCAAGGGCGCGGGCCGCAAGGUCUGCCUCAACCCUGGGACGGAGAUGCACGACGGCGGCGUUAUCUCGAGCCGUGUGGAUAUCGUGGUCGGAUUUGAGAGCUCCGCCGAGGCCUGGCACGCGCUGCCCCUCGGCUUCCGCUGCCGCUGCUCGCCGCACGGCGCGGCCGGCGCGGCGAUGAUCCACUCGCUCCCGUCGCCGCGCGCCGGGCGGAUGCGGCGGCGGCUGAUCGGGCUGCUGCGGGCGGCGCGGGCGAGGGGGUUCAGGGUCGUCUACAUAACCGACGCGGUGAUGCCAGAUCCCUACAACCAGCUGCCGUCGUUCUGGGCCAAGGAGGUGGAGUGCCUGGGCGUCAAGAGCGCCGCCGCGCCGCUGCCGCCACCGGGGGUGGCAGAGCCCGCGUGA